CACACACACCCCUGUAAUAACACAUUUACCUCUUAAUAACAAAAAAAAACUCAAAUAUAACACAAAAUUCAAAGCUCACAUAGAGAUUGUAGGAAAUUAUUUAUAUACGAUAAAUUAACUUUUUACUUCACUCCACCGGUCUAAAUUGUGCUGUGAUGUGAGAUGUAACGUAUAGUCGUUACUUAAUGAUUAUUUGGUUAAAUUCACAUGAUUUUAUUAACAAAUGGAUUGAUAGAGACGGUUUAUUAGUUGAUGUGUUUUGUGUCAUGAAGUGAGGGCCCGCGUCUUGCGUAACACUGCUCGACGUUGCGCAUCCCUAGCCGUGGCGGCGCGGUGAUGUCGGCAUGGAGGUGGUCGCGCUGGUGGUGUGCGCGUUGGUGGUGAGCGCCGCGCCCAACGCGACCCACCGCCGCGACGCGCACGAGCCCGUCGCGCUAGAGGAGGACGAGGACCACACACUCGACUACUAUGAUGAGAACAAAAUCAAUAUAUCUGAGAAGGGCAUGUACCUUGGUUCACCGUGCGAGUUCAAAUGCAACCCGGAGCUGGUGCACGUGUACUGCGAGCCGAGGAGUAGCUCCUGCCAGUGUGACCCCAAGCACCCAGUCGCGCUCGGCGUCGCCAAGGGAUGCGCGAAACCUAAGAAAUUGGGCGAACAAUGCUUCUACCAGCAAACGUGUCGAGCAUUCGAUCUCCACGCGUCCUGUGUUCAAGUCAAUCACAACGCUUUCUGCCAAUGUGACUCUGGCUAUCACACGACUAGCCACUCUCGUCCCACACACCGCGUUUUCUGUACUGAAGACCUUGUGCUGCUGACAGCCGACAUGCCGACGCUGUUAGGAGUGGCUUCGGGUAUAUUUGUUCUGGCUGGGUUGCUGUGCAUGGUGCUGCACUUAUACACAAAGGCUAGAUACCACCCGGCACAUCUGGCCGACGCCAGGCUCACGCCGCCCUGUUUAUAUUCGCUAAAUGAUACUGGUGGCACAUUGAGCGCGACACGUGCUUCGUCACGCGCGUCGUCUCGCAGCGGCUGCACGAGCGGGACGUUGGAGCUGGACGCGUCCCGAAGGGAGUCCCGUAGAGCUGCGUCGCGCGCAGGUGCGGCGCGCACGGCGGCCAUCUUGUUAAUCUCGCGCCACCUGAAGGCCGUAAGGGACGGCGGCGCGCACCCGCCCAAGUGCGCCGCCAAAGGUUCGCGACGUCCAAGUUUAAGUUCAGUGCAGAGCAGCUCAUCGUCGAUCAGGAGUUACAGCGCCAAGAGAUGGGAAAGAGAAAGGGAACAGAAGGAGAGAAGGCAGAUGAGCAUGCGUCUUGCUCAGUUGCACGACAAAAUGGCGGCUGGCAGAGAUCUUCCAAAACAUGCGCCUACGCCAUCCCCGCGGUCACCAAAUAACUCCACCGAUGGGCUGCUACCAGCUGUGUGUGAAAUUAGAGAACUGGUUACGAACUCAGAUCAGCAAUUGCAAGGCGUUGAUGGUCCCUGUUCGAGUUCCUCGCUUUACUGACAGCAGCGGUCUACGACCAUUAGGUCGAUAGACUCCCUGUCGUCGGACGGCAACCCCGCCGUCGCCUGGAUGUAGUUACACCGUUAAACCGGACGAUUUGCGUAUAUGAGAACGAAGACUUGAAGUGUGGACGAGAUACGAAGCGCAAUAUCAGUGAAAUAAGAAGAAACAGCACUAUUGAUUUUAUUUUUCUUGAAACCCCAGGGAAAUGCCAUAUCGAAUAUAGAAUUUAUUGUAAAUGAUUUUUAUUUAUAUAAAAGUUCAACGCUAUUUUUAAAUCACAUCGCGAUAGAUAAUAAGAUUUCAAAAAGUCCGUAAUAGAAAAGAUUUACAUAGACAGGUUUAACAAAUAGUUAGUUGAAAUAAAUGAGCCACUUCUCGUAGUAAUUAAACGAUAAUUUAAUAUAAAAUGCAUGUGAUACAAACGAACCGUGUAAAUAAGAAUAUGAAAUUAUCGAUAUAAACGAUAUCUUAAUAUUAACAGCUGGUCAUAAACUAGGUUACGAUAUUAUCAAAAGAUUUCUAGAAACGAAGUGCUUAAAGCUUCUAGCGAGGAGCUUUGCCGAUAGCUAUAGGUCAAAUAUAUGUAUUGGUUUAAAUAAAAAAUGAAAUAAAAUCGACUACAUUUGUUAAAAAACGUUAUAGUUAGGUCGUACAUUUGUUUGUGUAUAUUUCAUGGUUAAAAUCUAGAGAAUCAUGAACAACUAACCAAACGAUAGAGAAAACAUAUUUAAACUUAUAAGUUGAUUCGAUUAUUACCAGAUUUAAGACACAAAAACAACGUAUAUGAAAUGUAUAUGUUUAUACAAAACGUCUGGGGUUUUUAAUUGAGUCGGCUUAUACUUAAUUUUUUUCUAGAUUUUAAUCAUGGUAUAAAUAAAUAUAAGUUAAA